UCUCACAGACGACAACGACUCUUGAGGGGCUGGAGCUGGAUUUGUGGGGCCGCUCGCUCGGUCCUUGCCGGGUGAGGAGGCGGCUAUGGGGCAGCCGCUCGACGUCCUGCUGUUCCUGCUGGGCUGCAGCGCGGUGUUCUCCCUUCCCUCGACGCAAAAUGGAUCUUUUCCAGAGAAUGGCAGCAUUAUAAGAUCCUUCUCCAUUUCAAGAUCCAGAGAUUUUUACUCAAUUCCAUUGGAAGACAUUGAUGCUGAAAAUGAUUUGGAACCUGGAUCAGGAUCUAUCAGUCAAAGUGGAAAGCAAAUACCAUGGGUGUAUAAUAUAUCUAAAGACACCGAGCAGUACUUGACCAGCAGAUGGCUGACUCGUUUUGUUCCUUUAGUAUACACCGUAGUUGUCAUACUGAGUCUUCCUCUGAACAUCAUGGCAAUUCUUGUGUUCUUGAUAAAACUGAAGGUGAAAAAACCAGCUGUAGUCUACAUGCUCAACCUGGCUUCCGCUGAUGUACUCUUUGUGAGUGUGCUUCCUUUUAAGAUUGUCUACCAUUUUUCUGGAAACAACUGGGUCUUUGGACCUGAAAUGUGUAGUUUUGUCACUGCUACCUUCUACUGCAAUAUGUAUUGCUCCAUACUGAUGAUGAUGGUGAUAAGCAUUGAUCGCUUCCUGGCAGUGGUGUACCCGAUGCAAUCUCUGUCGUGGCGUACUCUAAGGCGUGCCUCUGUGGUAUGCGUUGCCAUCUGGCUUGUUGCCGUAGCUGGGGUCAUACCUCUGCUUAUCAGUGACCUAACACGUGAAAUACAUCAGUUAAACAUUAUAACCUGUUAUGAUGCCCUAGAUGAAAAGUAUCUUAAAGGAUAUUAUCUUAUUUUUUUCACUAUUUUCUCUUCAGUUUUCUUUUUUGUGCCAUUAAUGGUUUGUUCUGUGUGCUAUGUGUGUAUCAUCUGGUCUCUUAGCUCUUCAGACAUUGCUGCAAAGCAGAGUAAAAAGACACGGGCUUUACUCUUGUCUGUAGCUGUUUUCACUAUUUUUAUUAUGUGUUUUGGCCCAACAAAUGUUCUCUUGUUAGUCCAUUACAUCCAUUUUACUUACAAAAACUAUGUGGGGAGUAUCUAUUUUGUCUAUCUUCUCUGUGUCUGCAUUAGCAGUAUAAGUUGCUGCAUUGAUCCUUUGAUCUAUUAUUAUGCCUCUUCUGAAUGUCAGCGACAUCUUAUGAAUCUCUUGUGCUGCAAAGAGAACUCUGAACCCUGCAGCAAUAGCACCGGUGACCAACUAAUGACUAGGAUCAGCCGAAGGGGAACUUGCACCAGUACGCUUGGUAACAGUGUCUACAGGAAGUUGUUAACAUAAUCACUUACGGACAAAGGUAUAUUUUGUGCACAAAUGUUUUAUAGAACUAUUGUACUGAAAAAUAUUAGCAUACACAGAUGUUUCACAUGAUUCGUAUAUGUUUCCUUCCAUAAUACCUGUCAUUAUGAGAGAUGGAGUGUGUGAGGAAGAGAGAGUAAGAACCCUAAGAAGGGUGAGUACAGUGUGUGCUUUUAUGUACACACACAUCUGCGUACAUGCUUUAUAGCCAAAGGUGUAUUGCAUCUCUCUCUGUGGUAUCUCUAUUGGAAAGAGUGAGGCAACCACAGUGCUUUGUGUUUACCACUGCUGGGUGAGGUAUCCUGUUCCUUGUGACCGCAGCAACCCUGACAGAAACCUGUUACUGCUUGCAUAGCUCUACCAUCUCACUGUCAUAAUGCGGGUGUACACAAGCUUUUUGGCUCCUUUUUGGCAUGUCCACAAACACACACUCAUGCAUGUUCUCACAUGCACAGACACACACACUUGGAAUUGGAGGGGAAGAGUUUCUUUUGCUAGCACUAAUGCUAGCAAGGAACCCCCUUCCUUACCUCUGAUCUGUCAGCAGAUUGGACUUGAAGGAUUCCCUUCCUAGUGCUAGGAAGGGAAAUCUGAAACAGUGCUGCUACAUUUUUUACAGUGGAGACAGAAAUAGGGGGUUGGCAGGCUGCCAGAAACAGCUAGGUGGGCUGCAGACCACACUUUUUGCAUCCUUGCCAUAAUGCCAUCCUAGGUUCAAUUUUUGGUCAUGCUAUUGCCUGAUGGAAUGCUGGGAACUGGCUUUGUGAUGGAAUGUUUCAAACAACAAUGUGUUUAAUCCCAUUGGAGUCAUCUAACGUUUAUGCUUUUACUGACUACAGGAGGGGACAUAAAAGGAAUGAUAGCCAUAUAUAUAUAUAUAUAUUAUUUUAAAAUUGCUAUUUUAUAAAUGUAUCUUCAUUUUCAUAAAUAUAGAAUUCCAAAUGUACAUUUUGCUACUUUGCGUAGGUAAUAUAGGAUGUAUGCUUCACCAAAUGGGAGAUGAAAAAUAACAGUGCAAUCCUAUACUGAGAAGUAAGUACCAUUGGGAUCAAUUAGGCUUAUUUUAAUCCAGCAGCUUGAAAGCUGAAAACAAGUAUCUGCUUGUAAUGUAGGAGAUGCUCACAAAAUAAUAACAAUUUAUUUGGGAUGUACUGCAUUACCCUUUGAAGUGUGUUGUUUUCCAUUGGUUUACUAUUAAAAGUCACAAAGUAGUUUAGCUGGUUUUGAUAAGGAAAGGAAAAAAUGUUACAAGAGGAAUACUAAAUUGACUUCCAUUUUCUUUCCAGGUGGGUGAACUAUAUAUCAAAAUAUACUUUAUCUAAAAUAAUGUAACUGUAUUUUAUGUAGUAGAUAUUUUCAUUCUGUAUAUGUACAAACAUUAAACAAUGUAUAAAGAUUUUUCAAUCUUGUAAAUAAUAUAUUUCUGAAUUAACCAAAUAAAUUACUCUGUAGUUUUGCUUUGUUAAACUAUUAUGCUGAUGUUUUAUAUUUUAUUUUCUUAUUUUUGAAAACUGAAUUAAAUCCAGCUGUUAAUACA